GUAUCAAGUCAAUAAUUAUGCACACCGGCUUGAUAAUUUUCAAUUUUAUAAAUAAAUUUUUGAAUUUAAAAAUGUGUUGAGUUUCUACGAUAAAAAAUUUAAUAUUAAAAUUUUUUGACUCGAAAAAUAAACCGCCAGGCGCUGCCACCUGGUGGGUUUAUUUCAAACUUGCUGGCUAUUUUAUUCAACUGAAAAUUUCGGUGGUUCAACAAAAAUAUUUACAUGUGAUCGUUGCUGUCAGUGAUAAUUAAAUAAUAAAAAAUGUCUUCAGACGAAGAAAAUGAUGAAAUUCAAGAUCCCGAGAAGAUUAGAGAUAAAAUUUUAAAAAUGCAUCAAGGUGAAAGAAUGCAAGCAAGCGCCUGGGAUGAUGACAACACUGGAGUUGAAUCCCGGCGUAAUCCUGAAGAUCCUGACUCCCUAGCAAUUCUGAAGGCUGCAGCAAACGGCAACAUUGGACGAGUAGUUAAACUUGUAGAAGAAAAUCCAACGUUGGUCCAUGUCACUGAUAAGGAUGGCUACACUCCGCUUCACAGAGCCUGCUACAGAAACUACACGUCAAUUGUUAAGUAUUUGCUGUUGAAAGGAGCUAAGAUUAACGCUAGAACUAUUGACGGAUGGGAGCCUAUGCACUCAGCAUGCCACCACGUCGAGAGUAUUAAAAUUCUGAUUGCUUUCGGAGCCGAUGUAAAUGCUAAGAACAACGAUGAUCAGAAUGCACUGCACUUGGCCUGUGGCGCUCCCCACCCACCCAGUUUAGAAAAUUUUACAUACUAGCUCUAAGAGUUCGAAAACAUUAGUACAAAUACAUUUUCGAGCUCUUCGAGCUUAUUAGCAUAAUAAUUUAUUUUAAUAAAAAUAUUUUUAUUUUUUGGAAUAAUUGAAAAUAUUUGAUAAUAUUUUUGAUUUAUCAUUUUAAUCGUAAAAACAUAUUUAUUAUAAUAAUGACAAAACUAUAAUAAUAGUAAUAAUUUUUAAGAAAUUAUUCAAUGUAUAUAAAUGUAUAAUUCUAUGCGGAUGACCUAGUUAUUUAUUUAAAAUGUAGAUUAGGAGAUAUUUCACAUUAUAAUAUUAAUAUUCUCAAUACUGAAAUUAAAGAAAUACAGCUAUGAUGUUUAAAAAAUGGAUUAAAAUUAAAUGCGGAUAGGACAAAAGUUGUUAUCCUUGGUACCACACAAAAGUUAAAUAAUGAUCGCUGUAAAUUUGCUCCAAAAAUAUUGGUAGAUGGUAACGAGAUAGAGUUUUCUGAAUCAGUUAAAUACUUAGGCGUCAUCCAUGGAGAAUAGAGACUCUCUAUUCUCCAUGGCGUUAUCUUAGACAAUACACUAUCUUGGUCAAAGCAAGUUGUAGAAGUUUGUAAACGGAGUAUGAGGACACUUGUCCAACUUAAAAUGAAUGGCGAUGUAUUUAAUUUAAAAACAAAAAAAAACUUGUCACUACGCUUAUAUUCCCCAUAUUUGAUUAUUGCGCUACUAUAUAUACAGAUAUAACGAGUGAACAGCAACUAAAGCUUCAAAGGAAACUUAAUGCUUGUGUCCGCUAUAUUUUUAAAAUAUCAAAAUAUGAGCAUGUUACAGCAUAUUAUAAUAAUCUACGAUCGCUAACUUUGAAAUUAAAGCGGGAGUUUUUUCUUUGUUGUCUAGUUUAUAAAAUAUUGUAUUUUAAUAAAAAAAGACUGCUUUCAAACAAUUUUUGUGUGCCAGAGCCUCGUUUUCGAAGAGGCGAUAUCCGUCGUGAUUAUUUAGUAUUACCAAACUGUCACAGCAUGAAACAUGACAAAUCGUUCUUAAUGAGCGCAAUUAGAAUAUGGAAUGAGUUACCUAGUGCUUGUACGCAACAGGCCACAUUUAACGAAUUUAGGAAAACGUGUUAUGAUUAUUUCUUGAAUAAGAUGAUUACAAAUGAAUGAAUGAAUGAAUUAAUUGAUUAAUAAAUUAAUGAUGAAUGAACUGAAAUGAAAUAAAAUGAAAUGAUAUACUAACCAAAUUAUUGUUAUACAUAUAUUAUUAAAAUAUUGUAUUUUUAUGUCGUUUGUUUAACAGAUAUAUACUAUCAUGUAAAACUAUGUAUUUUGGAUGGCCGCAAGAAGUCAUGACUCUAUGGCCAAUUAAAUAAAUGAACAAUAAUAUAUAAUAAUAAAUAUAUAUUUUUUUGAUCGGUUAUAAUUUUUG